AUGCCUUUGUGCAAAUUCUUCCCACUACUCCUUUUCUUAACCUUAAUAAGCCUCUUGAACCACCACACAGUUUCAUUCUCCGGUGAAGAAGACCUUACACAUUUGUGUUUAGAUUCUGAAAACUACACCACCAAUGACCCUUAUGACAAAAACCUAAGACAGCUUCUAAUUUACCUCACAGCUGAAGCUCCAACCAAUGGCUUUGCCAUGGCCUCUAAAGGCCAAGGCCAAAGCCGAAUACACGGCCUCGCCUUCUGCCGGGGCGACCUCUCCUUUCGUGAUUGCUGGAACUGUGUCGUCCGGGCUUCCGGCGACAUGCUCACAUCCUGUCCCAACAACAAAGCCGCCACCAUCUUCCGCGAGAAUUGUACCAUAAGAUACUCAAACGAAGACUUCUUUGGCCAAAUCACGACAAACACUUCUUCGUCAUGGUUCUGUUGGAGGACAGCAUACUCCAGUAAAGCCACGACGAUGAAUGCUGCAUUUGGCCAAAGAGUUCAAGAGUUUCUCACCCAACUUUGUGAGGAAGCUGGGUUGCAAACAAAAAUGUAUGCUUCGGGAAUGUCGGAACUUGAUGAGUUUCACACAUUAUAUGGUUUGGCACAGUGUAGUAGGGACCUGUCCACCAUUGAUUGCAUGAAGUGUCUCAAUGAAUCAGUUUCAUAUGUUGAACUUCCACAGUGUGGUAAAGAGAGAGAGGGAGUUAGAGUUUAUAGUGAGAGUUGUAGAAUAAGAUAUGAACUUUAUCCAUUUCUUAAUGAUCAUAGUCACUACCCUAUUCCAAGUCCUAUUCCUCUUCCUCCUUCCAGUGUUCCACAUGAUGCUGUUUCUCCUAAUCCUGCACCAACUUCUUCUUCGGAUAAAGCCUUUGAAGGUUCCACACUUAUUGGAUUGUCUUCUUCAAGUGUUCUGCUAUUUGUUAUAACUAUGGUAUGGUAA